UGUUAAUAAUAAAAAUAUUAUUUCUUUAAAACAGACAAAAUGACUUCAGCGCAGGAUAAGUCUCAGGAUGCUGAUCAAGAUAGGAUACAGAGACGUGUCAAUAAGAUACUCGAGACUCGUCUGGAGUCAGACAAAGACACGCUUGAUGCCCUCAAUGGCCUGUCCAGUUUCUUUGGGGAAAACACCUUAAAAAAUCGUCGAAAUCUUCGAUCCCAGAUUGAGCACCGAUCGGUGGGCAUCAAUGAGAACUUCCUUAAAGCAUUUCGGGAAGUAAAACUGUCCCUAGAUGCCGUUUGUGACGAUUUGGAUACCAUGGCCACAUCCGUGCAGACAAUGAAAACGGAUUUGGAGACUUCGAAAGCAUUGACUAAGGAUCUUAUUGAGCAAACUAACACAAUGCAGCAAGAACGCGAGCGGCUGGAAGUGCACCAACAGAUAGCCCAGGCUUUCCUGGCGAGAUUUCAACUGAGCGUCCCCGAACAUCAAUUGCUCUACGGAACGGCUAAGGAUGCACCAAUUGUGCCAGAGUUCUUCAAAGUUCUGGAUCGGGUGCAGUCCAUACAUGCCGAAUGUCGGCUUUUAAUGCAAUGUGGCUAUCAGACGGCUGCCUUGGAUAUCAUGGAGGAGAUGACACUGCAUCAGGAGGGAGCACUAGAAAGGCUCUAUCGAUGGACUCAAAAUCAUUGUCGAAAUCUUGAAAACAAUGAAAUUGGUCCCCUAGUUGUGGAGGCAAUGAGCCGUCUACAGGAUCGACCAGUGCUCUUUAAAUAUGUCAUCGACGAAUACGCUAUAGCACGGAGAGCAGUUUUGGUGCGUCUAUUUAUUGAAGCUUUGACCGAGGGUGGACCCGGCGGCAAUCCUAGACCCAUAGAGUUGCAUGCUCAUGAUCCUAAGCGUUAUAUUGGCGAUAUGUUCGCAUGGCUUCAUCAGAGCAUACCCAAUGAGAAAGAGAAUCUGGCUAUGUUGUUUAAGAAGUGUGAUAAGCAUGAUAUUUCGGAGCAGAUGCAAAAGGCCCUGUGCUAUAUAGUCGAUGGUGUCUGUCAUCCGCUUAAGGUGCGCGUAGAGACAAUUCUCAGCUCAGAGAAGGACACCAUUAUUUUGUUUACCAUAUCGAACCUGUUGCGUUUCUAUCAACAAAUCAUGAAGCAAGUGGUCCUUGGUGGCAGCUUGGAACAGUGUCUCAUUGAUCUACAGAAAAGUAGUGAGCAAAUCUAUCUAAACGCUUUGGCCAGCCAAGUGCGCAGUGUCCUGCAGCGUCCUGCUGGAUCUACAUUGGCAUUGGAGCCUCCUCAGCGGGAUCUGGUACCACCUGCAAGUGUUGCUCGAUUGCUGAAUAUGUUGAAGGAGAUUCUUUCGGUGGCCACUAUGGUGGAUGGUCGUCAGGCAGACAUAACCAAAAUUGUUAGCUGCGUCAUCGAUCCUCUGUUGCAAUCAGUCCAAGAGAGUGCCGCUCACUUGCCCACUAUCGAUAUGGGUGUUUAUCUACUGAAUUGCCUCUACCACAUGCAAUCCACUCUGGCUGUGUACGAGUAUAUGGAUGAACGAGUGGAACGUUUGCAAGCCCAGUCGGAUGCUCAGUUGGACACCCUUACCUCAGAGCAAGCGUCUUCACUGGUGGCAAACCUUAAUUUGGGACCCAUUUACACCAUUUUGCAGAGUAAUCAGACUAAAAUCGAAACGAAUCUUUUGAAGAUAUUUAUGUCAAAAAUGGAUGCAUUCCUUGAGCUGCCCGAUGUGCUAUUGUUGCCACAAAUACAGCUCAUUAUGUCAAGUUCUCAUCGAGCUACUGUCCAGCGUCGUGCGUUUAAUGUAAUUGUUGCGAUUUAUAAACAGAUCUAUGAUCGUGUCCACGAUCCUGCCAAUGGUUUUCAACCCGAUCAGAUGUUGCAAAAGACACCGGAACAGGUGUCCCAUAUACUCCUGAGCCCAUGAUGUGAAGGGGGAAGUGGAAGAAACUAUAAUUAAUAUGUACAUACCUAUUAUUCGUAUUCCAAACUAAAGUAAAAAGAAACUUAAUCAA